AUACACAGAACGGGCAAAAAUAAAGCAAAUCUUCUACCAACGAACUAAACUGAAAAUGGCGCUAAUUCACAGUCCCUCUUCUCCCACCACCAAACCCUAUCAUCAUCACCUUCCUCACACUCCUCCUCUGCUUCACUUUUCAACCAGAAGCCAUUUCACAGUGAAGUCCCAGACGCCAUCGGAGCCCUCAAAACCCCCCCCAGGCCGCCAGGUCCCACCCAAGAAACCCACCUCAGCCGGGACAGGCUUCGGCUCUCCUCCUCCUUCUCCGGCCAAGCCAAAAGCGAAUCCCGCCGCUGAUAAGAAGAAAGGGAACAGGGCUGCGGUGAUUCGGAGGUCGCCGGUGGAAAAGCCCCUGCUUUAUUCUGAGGAAGAUGAGGCUAAGGCCAAAGAGAUGGGCACAAAUGAGAGCGCUUUUGUUCUUGCUUGGUUGGGGCUCGGCGGUGUUAUUCUAGCCCAAGGCCUUAUUCUCGCCGCAUCAGGCUUCCUGCCAGAAGAUUGGGACAAGUUCCUUGUGAAGUAUUUAUAUCCAUCUUUUACACCGACAGUCGGCUUGUUUGUUGCUGGAAGUGUUGUAUAUGGAGCGGUGAAGUAUCUGCAGAAUGAGGAACUUAAAGGUCAGAAAUGAUAUUCACUUUGUAUAGAUACAAACUUUCAGGUAAAUGAGGGGACAAUUCAGUAGCUUUUUAAGGCUGUACUUGUAGUGCUUUCAUGGUUUACGGGAAGAUGAAUUAGCUAAAAAAUCGCAAACUGCUUUCCAUUUGUUCUUAAAGCAGUUCUGUGAUCCAUCCCUUCAUUAAUUUCUACAAGCUAUACUCGGAA